UUUUGAAUUGCCAUUCAAUCGACAGACGGCCUGCCGCGCGCGUAGUACGGUCGACGAUGAGCACUCCAUCACCAUCAGGGAAGGGAAAGGGAAGAGUCAAGCAACCAAAUCCCACGAAGAGACAAGCGCCAUCCACACCAGUGCCGUCUGCGAGGCGCCAAUCUACACCCUCGAGUGCCGGGUCGACCCAGUCCGGAACGCCAGUUGUGAAACGACGGUACAAACCGGGGAACAAGGCGCUGUUGGAAAUUCGGCGCUAUCAAAAGUCGACGGAGCUGCUAUUGCGCAAGCUUCCAUUCGCGCGGUUGGUUCGCGAGAUUCAAAUGAACUUUUCAGGACACCAAUUCCGGUGGCAAAGCUCCGCCUUGUUGGCGCUGCAGGAAGCCGCGGAAGCGCACUUGAUUCGGAUAUUUGAAGACGCGACAUUGUGCUCGAUCCAUGCCAAGCGGGUAACGCUCAUGGUCAAGGACAUUCAAUUGGCGCGGCGUAUUCGAGGUCGAGAGCAUGAAUAACGAGGGCGAUUUCACGAUUCACUGUCAAAAGCAUGUUUAUCUACAUACAUAUUGUAUAAAGUAUGCGCUGGAAACGCAGCGACUAACUACUGCGGCCAUUCUGCCGGGGAUUGCUUGCACCCUGGCCACGCCUCCAUCUGUCCUUUGUACUUGUCUUGCGUUCGCUGCAAUGUAACCCGAGGCAUGACCGUCUAUAUACGCGUCCCAUCCUUCGUUAUGAACCAUAUAUAUAUAUAUCGUCUAAGUC